GCCCCGAAAGAAAGAGGAGGAGCGGAGCAGCCGGUGCUGGGCCCGCCGAGAGCUCGCGGGCUGUGGGAAAGUAAACAGCUCGCGGAUUGUCGCCGCCAUAGGAGCACCAGGAUGGGCAGGAAGUCUACGGGAAGUCGUUGAUGGAAUUCCCUCGGGAGCGCUGAAGCUUUCCUGUGGAAGUCCGUCUGCUCGGGAUCAGGAGAGCCUAUGUCCACAGCUCUGUCCCCUCAGAAACCGAGAGAGGUGAAGGAGGAUGAGGAGGAGGAGGAAGAACGGGGAGAGAAGCUUGAGUUUGAGGGCAGUAAGAAAGAAGGAGCUGCACUGAACAGAUCGGCAGCAUCAGAGACAUCAGACUUAAUCCAGGAGACAGAAAGACGAACUUCAGUCACAGAUAUGACUGUUAAAAAUGAUUCAAACUCAUGUUUGGAUACAGCGAGAGCGCCCACUGCUGGUGCAGAGGAUCCUGCUGUGAUGGUAGAAACCUGCGUCCAGAGUACAGGCAUGCCGUCCUCAGAAAGCAUAACGCAACAUCCGGCCUCCAGGAGCCUCGGCUGCUUGGUGGUAGAACAGGCCCCGGGUGCAGCUGCACAGAAGGAGCUACCAGAGUUCAGUGUGGUGAGAAAGAAGGCCACAGGCAACGCAUCACAUUGUACUGGAGGAGAAGUCUCUGUUCAGACUGGCACAACCACAACCAGCCCGGAGGUGAUUUAUGAUGACGUUCCAUCAGAGGAUCUGUCUCCAGGAGAAGGAGACAUGAUCUACGAGGACGUGCAGAGAGACGAGGGUCCCCAGGGGCCCAACAGCGGCUGGAGCUCCAGUGAGUUUGAGAGUUAUGAUGAGCAGUCUGAUUCGGAGAAAGUGCCCACCCACAGCAAGCUGCCCCCUGAUGUGCGUCGGCUGAGGGAACGCUGUGCCAAGACCAAGAGGGAGCUAGCCAUGAGGCUGGGGGGAAAACACCAGGUCCAUCAGUUGAUGCGAGCGGCACGCAGCGGGACUAAAGAUGGCCUAGAGAAGACCAAAAUAGCCGUCAUGAGGAGAGUCUCCUUUCUGCAGAAGAAGGAUCGCUCAGAUGAUGCUGAAGAUGACGCAGGGUAUCUGGAUGUGAUCGUGUCGGAGGCAAAGCAUCCUCCUGCACAGCUUGGCCCGAUGCCAGAGGGACUCAGCAGCCAGCAGAUCGUCCGGCGCCACAUUCUGGGCUCCAUCGUGCAGAGUGAAAGGAGCUACCUGGAGUCUCUCAAAAGAAUCCUUCAGGAGUACCAGCGGCCCCUGAUGGAGGCGGAGCCCCGCAUCCUGAGCCCCAGGAAGAUCCGGCCCAUUUUCUUCCGCGUGCGGGAGAUCACCCAGUGCCACUCCAUGUUCCAGAUCGCCCUGGCGUCCCGCGUGGCCGAAUGGGACGCUAGCGAGAAGAUUGGGGAUCUGUUCGUAGCCUCAUUCUCCAAGUCCAUGGUGCUGGACGUGUACAGUGAUUAUGUCAAUAACUUCACCAACGCCAUGGCGCUCAUUAAGAAGGCCUGCUUAUCCAAACCUGCCUUCCUGGAGUUCCUCAAGAAGAAGCAGUCGUCCAGCGCUGACCGUAUCACUCUUUACGGCCUGAUGGUGAAGCCUAUUCAGCGUUUUCCUCAGUUCAUUCUCCUUUUGCAGGAUAUGCUGAAGAAUACUCCUAGAGGUCAUGUGGACCGGCUGCCCUUACAGUUGGCUCUGACGGAGCUGGAGACUCUGGCUGAGAAGCUGAAUGAGCAGAAGAGAGUGGCUGACCAGAUCACUGAAACACUGCAGCUGGCCAGGAGUGUUGCUGACCGCUCGGUUAGCAAGGUUCUGAAUUCCGAUCAGAGCUCCUUGGUGCUCUGCGAGACGCUGAUCGAGACCGUCUAUGGCGAACGGGGCCAGGUCCUGAAGUCCAAGGAGCGCAAAGUGUUCCUGUUCAGCGACAUGCUUAUCUGUGCCAACAUCAACGUCAAGGGGCCUCCAGACAUCAGCAGCCUGGUUCCCGUAGGGCCCAAAUACACCAUGAAGUGGAGCGCCCCCUUGAUACAGGUCCAGGUAGUGGAGGUUGGUCAGGAAGUCGCUCAAAGCAAAGACGUGGCGUUUCAGUCUGGAGGGGUCAAACGGGCAGGAAAUUCUUCAGCCCAAGGUAAGGUGAUUCUGGGUCCACCUCGACUGUACCAGGAGCUGCAGGAGCUGCAGCAUGACCUUUCAGUGGUGGAACAGGUGACGUUGCUGGUGGGCACCUUACAGGGCACGUACCAGAACCUGAACACCACAGUGGCUCAGGAUUGGUGCCAGGCCCUGCAGAGGCUCAUCCGCAUCAAAGAGGACCAAAUCCAGAGCGCCAACAAGUGCCGGCUUCGUCUGCAGGUCCCCGGCAGGCCAGACAAGUCUGGCCGUCCAGUCAGCUUCAUGGUAGUGUUCAACACGCCGAGUCCUCUCAGCAAGAUCUCCUGGGUCAACCGCCUUCAUCUGGCCAAGAUAGCACAGAGGGAGGAGAACACACCAGGCUGGAUCCCUGCAGAAGAUGAUGGAAGAACGAAGACCCCCUUCUGGUGUCCACUGCUGGCCUGCCGUAUGCCGGUCUUUACCUCAAAAGCUCAGGACCGCAAGCUGGAGGCUGCUCUUCACAAUCCAGUCCAAUGCGCUCUGCUGGGCUUCUCUGCAGCGAGCACUUCCCUCCCUCAAGGCUACCUCUGGGUGGCCAGUAGAGAUGACAGUGGUCAGUCCCAAGUGGAGAUUUUCUCUCUGAACCGUCCAACUCCACGGUGGGUGAAGAGUUUUCCGGUUGGAUCUCCAGUUCACUGCCUGGAUUUUGUCCCAGAGCUGAAUUCACCUGAGGAGGAUCACCACAUGCUCCACAGCUCCACUGCUGCAGGGAACACUGUGUGUGUAGGGCUGGACGAUGGCAGUGUCCUGGUUUAUGGCAGCAUGGACACUUCAGCCCAGUGCCUCCUGACCAUCCGGAACGACACAGGCUGCCCUGUGCUGUGUCUCAAACACACCGCUAACUUCCUGUUUGCUGGCCUGCGGGACGGAACGCUGCUCGUCUAUGAGAGACAUGCUGGAGGAGAGCUUUGGAACCCAGACUCCUGCAGAAAAGUCCCAGUGGGUCAGGAGCCGGUUCGGACGUUACUGGCCUUGGACGACUCUAUAUGGGCCAGCUGUGGAAACUCAGUGUCUGCGAUUGAAGCCUCCAGCCUGUCCACACGGAGGUUUGAGGUCCACCCUGACCCGAUGGUGAGUGUUGCCCACAUGGUGCGGGCCGGUGGAGGGGUGUGGAUGGCUUUCUCCGAGGGCUCCUGCAUACGCCUGUUCCACACUGAAACACUGGAACACCUUCAGGAGAUCAACAUCUCCACACGUGCCUCAUUCCAUAACCCCAGCCAGAAGAGCUUGAGAGUGACCAGUCUGCUGAUCUGCCGGGGAUUGUUGUGGGUGGGCACUGCCCAGGGCAUCAUCGUCACUCUGCCAGUGCCCAAGCUGGAGGGUAUCCCCAAGAUAACAGGUAAGGGCAUGACCUCUCUAAAUGCCCACUGUGGUCCAGUGGACUUCCUGGUGGCAACUUCCAGCACUCUGUCCCCUGACCUUCUGAAGCGGGACUCUGUAGUGGAGGGUCCUGACUCAGCCUUCGGAGGGGAGGAGCGGAGCGACUCGUCCUCACAGGAAUCCCUGCAGCAGUCCAGCAGCUCCUCUCUGGGGGAGGCGAAGGGAAAGGCGCGGGGUCUCCUGCUGCAGUACCGCCUCCGCUCCACCACAGGCCUGCCUGGGAGUCCGCUGACAGCUCGGGGCGAUGGAGCCUCGGAUUCGUCUCUGGAGUCACUAGAACACAGCCUGGAGGACGGAUCCAUCUACGAGCUGAGCGAUGACCCGGAUAUGUGGGUCAGAGGGAGGCCGUGUGAGAGGGACAGCCCGAGGAGGGACAGGGUCACCUCUGCGGCGGUCAUUUCUGGGGGAAAGGGCUUCAGGAGACUGAAGGAGGGCCCAGUAGGGGGCACAGCAGAGUCCACAGAGAGUACCCUCAUGGUCUGGCAGCUGCCUCUCACUAUCUGAGUUAUGGGUUAUGUAGACAGUUGGUGGGACUCACUUUAGCAGCUAAAGGAACGCAAUGAAGGAAACCUCAGCAUUGAGCUUCCGUCAGUUCCCCUGUUUGGUUUCACUGAUCACUCUCAAAAAAAGAUGGGUUAAUAACUUCAAUAAACUUUUUUACUUUAGUUUUUGUAAAGUUUUCACAGGGUUUGAAUAAAACUGUGUAGUACUGUGCAAAAGUCAGAGCCCACCCUCAAAAUUUCCUGUCAAAAUGGCCAUAUGUGUUUGUUCUUUUAUCAGAUAAAAAGCAGAAGACCUCAAGUAUCGUAUUGUUCAGUUACAGUAUCGAUUCCUUUCAAGAGACUUGCUUUCAGUUUUUCUAAGAAAUCUGCAGGGUUCUUAGAAGUUGUUGCCUUUUCUGCGUCUCAUGAUGCGAGUAAUCCCCAUCACGUUCAGUGGUGCUGAGGUCUGGACUCUGGGGUGGUCAGUCCAUCGUCCAGCUUCUUUGUUUGAUGUGUCUGUCUCCUUUUCUCAGUGAGGUUCUUCUUGAUCAGCUACACGUCCUUUC